GCCAUGACUCACAGUCCCAGUUUUCAACACCAAACCCACGUGGAGACGCAGGACCGAGGCGCAAGAUGAUGACGCCUAGUGCACGGGUGCGCGGACCCCGCCCCUUAAAGACCCAGUAGUAAAUUUCGCGCAGAUGAGAGGGGACAGGAGGACCCCGGCUUCAACAGUAGAAUCAAUCCUUGCUCCUCUCCCCUGGUCGCGGACCAGUCUUCUGGGGCUGUCCUGCGUUGUCCUGCGUGAGUCCCAUCGGGUAUGCGCUGGGGACCGGGCGGGAGGGGCUGCUCCUCAUUCCACCUCCAGGAAGUCGAGCUGGAGGAAGGAGUGCAAACUUGGAGAGGCGGGGCUCGUGCCACCGGGAAGCGGAGACGGUCCGCGGCCCCCAAUCUCUACCCCGCGACAGACGAAGGACCCCGGCCCCGGCCACGGUGCUGCGCGCUCUCUCCGCCGGAUGGCGGAUCCCGGCCCUGAUCCCGAGUCUGAGCCCGAAUCUGUGUUCCCGCGGGAGGUCGGGCUCUUCGCGGACUCCUACUCCGAAAAGAUCCGGUUCUGCUUCUGUGGGCACAUGCUGAGCAUCACGCAGAACUUUGGGUCUCACCUCGGGGUGGCGGCAGGCGUAUGGGACGCGGUGAGGAGUGGACAGCUCCCGGCUCUGAGCCUGUGCAAUUAUUUCGAGAGUCAAAAUGUGGAUUUCCGUGGCAGGAAAGUGAUCGAACUGGGUGCCGGGACAGGCAUCGUGGGUAUCUUGGCAGCGCUGCAGGGGGGGGAUGUUACCAUCACUGACCUGCCUCUGGCCCUAGAACAGAUCCAGGGCAACGUCCAGUGCAAUGUGCCAGCCGGAGGCCAGGCCCAAGUCCGUGCCUUGUCCUGGGGGAUUGACCAGCAUGUCUUCCCUGGAGACUAUGACCUGGUACUGGGGGCUGAUAUCGUGUACCUGGAACCCACCUUCCCACUGCUGCUGGGAACCCUCCAACAUCUGUGCGGGCCCCAUGGCACCAUCUAUCUGGCCUCCAAGAUGAGAGAGGAGCAUGGGACAGAGAGCUUCUUUCAGCAUUUCCUGCCCCAGCAUUUCCAAGUGGAGUUGGUCCAGCGGGAUGAGGAUGAGAAUGUCAACAUUUAUAGGGCCAGGCACAGGGAACCAAGACCUGCUUGACAUCA